AUGUCUUACGACCGCUACAACUCCGGCAACGAGCGCUCCGAAUACGGUGGUGGUGGCUCCGGCCGAGACAACUACUACGACCAAUCCAACGACUUCUCUGGCCGCUCCGAGAACCAGGAGUACGGCCGUGAGAACCAGGGCUACGGCCGCUCUGAGGAGCAGGGCUACAGCCGUGAGAACCAGGGCUACGGCCGCUCCGAGGAACAAGGGUACGGUCGCGAGAACCAGGGCUACGGCCGCUCCGAGGAACAAGGGUACGGUCGCGAGAACCAGGGCUACGGCCGCUCCGAGGAACAAGGGUACGGCCGCGAGAACCAAGGCUAUGGUCGCGAGAACCAGAGCUACGGCCGCUCUGAGGAGCAAGGAUACGGCCGCGAGAACCAGGGCCACGGCCGCUCGGAGAACCAAGGCUAUGGCCGCUCCGAGGAACAAGGGUACGGCCGCGAGAACCAAGGCUACGGCCGCGAGAACCAGAGCUACGGCCGCUCGGAGGAGCAGGGCUACGGCCGCGAGAACCAGAGCCACGGCCGCUCCGAGGGGCAGGGCUACGGUCGCGAGAACCAAGGCCAAGAGUACCGCGACACUCGCUAUCAAGGAAACGAACCCUACUCCGGCGGCGACGACUUCUCCUCCGCAGCGCACCACGCAUCCGCGCACCACGACGGCGGUAACAGCGACAUGUUCUCCAACGCUGUGUCCUACGUCCAGGGCCGUGGUUCGAGCGCUGGCCAGGGCGACAUCGGCGAGGAGCAUGUCGUGAAGGCUCACCAGGCUAUGUAUGGUGGGGGCAGUAGCCAGGGCCAGACACAUGAUUCGAGCACCGUUGGUGCGGGUGCUGCUAUGCAGGCCCUGAAGAUGUUUACUGGUGGUGGCAGCAGUGACGGGGGUAUGGAUCAGAACAAGUUGAUGGGGAUGGCGAUGGCGCAGGCUGGGAAGCUUUGGGAUGAGAAGCAGGGGAGUGGAGCUAACAUGUCCGGUGACAAGCAGUCUGCUAUCAACAACGCUGCCGAGAUGGCCCUGAAGAUGUACAUGAAGGGUGGUGGCGGUAUUGGUGGAACCGGCGGUGCCAGUGGCCUUAUGGGUCUGGCUAGCAAGUUCCUUUCCUAG